AUGAGUGAACCAGUCAAGCUUAGAAUCACUUACAAUGAUAUACACUCCAUGAUCGGAGAAACAGCCGCAAAGAUCAAGGAUGACUUUGAUCCUAAUAUCAUGGUUGCUAUCGGUGGCGGUGGCUUCUUCCCAGCUCGUGUUCUCCGCACUUUUCUAAAAAUCCAGGGCUCAAAGAACAUCCCAAUCCAAGCUAUCGGCCUGUCACUCUACGAGGAACUUCCAAACACAACAGUCGAGCAAGUGGGCACUGAGGUUAUUAGAACGCAGUGGCUUGAUUUUUCCACUCUCGGUGAAAAGAGUUUAGUUGGAAAGAGAGUGCUCAUCGUCGAUGAGGUCGACGACACCAGAAAGACUCUCGGUUACGCUGUCAAGGAGCUCCAGAAGGAUGUCGAAGAACAGUACAAACUUCUGCCUGCAGACUCGCCUCCUACGGAGUUCGCAAUCUUCGUUGUGCACAACAAACUCAAGGAGAAAGCUAGCGAGAUCCCAACUAACGUCAAGUACUUCCCUGGCGCUGAGAUUGACGAUCUCUGGGUUGACUAUCCUUGGGAACAGCAGGAUAUCGUCGAGCAUACGCGUCUCGCUGAAGAAGAUAAGAAAAAGCACGUCGGUGACGUCAACCGCGACAUAGACAAGUCGCAAUCACACUCAGAAGAUGGCACUGGGGGCACUCAGGCAGAGCCACAGCAAAUCCAGCCAUACAGCCAAGGUUUCUGGUCUCCACUUUUGAAGCAGCAACGAGCCAUGUACUUCAAAAUCCUCGCCGCGUCAGUUUCACUAACUACGAUCGCAAUCUGGGGCUUCCUUACGGUUUACUGGGCAAGCAUAGCACAUGAGACGGGAAGACUCGUGCAAAUCAAUGCGGUAUUUGUGAAUCGUGAUAUCGCGAACGGUGUGAAUGGCACUCUCGGAAACACCGUGCGCGAGACAGUAUUUCAAUCUCUAAAUCAAACGCAUCAUUUGGGAUGGACGGAAGAACCUUCGUCUAAAGUGCCCACCAGAGCCUCCAUAGAACAAGCACUAGUCGAGGAUGAAUGGGCGUGGGUUUUCCUUGUUGUGGGGGAAAACGCGACACAAAACCUGACAAUAGCACGUGAGAAUGGAAUUAGCACUUACAAUCCAAGAGACGCUAUUACAAUAUACUACAAUCAGGCACGUAAUGAACUGGCGUCAGGAAAGAUAUUGCCUAUUGCUCAACAAAUAGCCCAACAAUCCAGCCAGCAAGCUAGUGUACAGACGCUUGAACAGUAUCUCACACAGCAGAGCGGUAAUGCUACUGCUAUGGCUAAUCUCGCAACUGCACCUCAAACUGCCGGGAAUGCCUUCGGAAUAACAACAGUCGAUUUCAGACCAUUCGACCAAGCAGUAGCUAGCGCUGUUGUUCUCGUUGGUCUUAUCUACCUUACUCUGCUGGCUUUUAUACAGACAAUGGCAAACUUUGGUGCUAGACCAAUAAUGGAAAAGUAUCUCAAGCUCAGCUCCUACAUUGGAAUGAGGCGGGUUCUAGUUCCUUUCUGGAUAAUACCAAACUCACUCAUUACAGAAUUCUUGUUCCCCUUUGUCUCUAUGUCUAAUACUGCAAAGGGUUUCUUCUGCACGUAUGCACUGUUCCUGGUUGGAAUGUCAGCGCUUGGACUUGCCACUGAGGUUAUUAUUACAGUAGUCGGGCCCAAAUUCAUGCCUUAUGCACUCGUUGCACUCAUCAUCGCUAAUGUCUCGGUCGCAGCUGUUCCUCCAGACUUACAGGUAUGGUUUUUCAAAUAUUAUCCCGCGAUGGUCUACUAUCACCUUAAUAGAGGUGUGCGAUGCAUCAUAUUCAACAUCAAGAACGAGCUCGGUUUGAACUUUGGUGUCUGCUUGGCUUGGGUAGUCUUUAGCGUAUGCACACUUUCAGGCUUCACUGCUCUAUUUAGACAUUUGGAUAUCAAGAAGGCGAAGAAGGAGGCCGAAGAACAACAGGGAGAACACAAGGCCUGA